AUUAAUGAUCUAAACCUUCUGUGUGAUUAUAGAUGGCCCCGAAACGGCGUGGGCGGCCGAAGGGUGGCCGUAAGGACUCGGGCACACCCCCGAUCCCAACUGCCAAUCCCCCUGCCCAAGCUGCUCCUCAGGAGGGAGGGACGAGCAACCCUCAUAUGGCCACUUUCGUUCAGGAAUUUAUGGCGGAGAUGAGACGCCAAGCGUCUCCUGCCACAAGUGUGCCACCUCCAUCCCCAAUGAUUCCCACCCCGGCGGCCCUUGCUCCUAUUUCUCCUGUUCCUAUCUCUUCUGCUCCUACUGAGCCUAGCUGGAAGAUCUAUAAUAAAUUCCAGAAGAUGGUGCCUAAGAGAUUUGAUGGUACAGCGGGUUUUGAGCAAGUAGGGUCAUGGUUCACCGAGGUGGAGCGGGGAUUCCACCUACUGCAUGUUUCUGAUGACCUUAAGGUCAGUGUAGGCAGUUUUAUGCUUGCUGGGAAAGCAUUAACUUGGUGGGUGAAUUAUAUGAAGCUACACCAAGGAGAGCCUGAAUUGAGCACCUGGGAGGGUUUUAAGAAGGUGUUCAUGCAGGAGUUCAUACCCGACAGCAAAAAGCGGGAACUGCAAAGAGAAUUUGCAGAUCUGAAACAAGGAUCACGUACUGUUGAGCAGUACAAGGACGAGUUUGACCGCUAUCUGCCUUUUGUGGGUGGUCAAGUCGGGGAUGAGCAAUCUAAAGCUGAUAGAUUUUUAUGGGGCUUGAAUCCUGACAUCUACUUGGCGGUGAAUCAAUUUAAACCUGCCACUUAUAGAGAGGCAGCGGAUAGAGCCAUAGAUCAGGAGAAGGCUAUGGCUAGGGUCAAGACUCAAGAUCCGCAAAAAGUCGGGUCAUCUUUUAAGAAGAGAAAAUUUGAUGAGAGUCGUAGACCCUCGAUCUCUGUGCCGCCUAAGUUUGAUACCAGCGAGGCUUCUAGAGAGCUAAGGGUUGCUGAGACUGUGGGUCGAGCGUCAGCAGCCCAACGUACUCAAUCUGCCCCACUUGUUUGCCACACUUGUGGAAGAGUGGGCCACACUCGCGACCAGUGUCGCAUUUUUUCUGGGGCUUGCUAUAGAUGUGGCCAACAGGGACAUCGGGUUGCAACUUGCCCGCAGCCAGACCCUAGAGCUCAAAGUACUCAAACUGCAUCUCCGCAAGGUUCUACGAAUCAGGAGGUGCAGAAACAGAAUGUCGGGGUUAGGACAAGAGCCCAGCAGGCGAGAGUUCACGUGAUGACUCACCAGGAAGCUGCGGCUACUGACGUAAUCACGGGUACUGCCUGCUAAUUCUGAUUAUGCACAUGUUUUAUUUGAUUCAGGCUCAGAAGUAGUUGGUGUAGAUUGAUGGUAAUAACACUCACACUAAUAAUUGGUUUCACUUUGCUAUUCUUUAUGCUGCUAGGAUUAUUAAUCAGUUUGGACCUGAGAGUAAGGGUGUUGUGUCUUGCACUUUUGGAAUAUCUUUGGAAACACGAACUUCCAUUUGUAACAAACAUCUAGGUGUUGUUUUCAGAUUGAUUGGAGCUGGGGUUGCUGUUUUUGUAAUGUCUAAUUUAUUGGGUUUGUGUUGUUGGUAUGAGAAGAGGUUUAGGAGAAGAAAGCUUAAUAAAUCUAGUUCUAGUGU